CCUAACUCAGAGCAUCCACUUGAAGUAUCCACUGGAAUCACAAUGGGACACAGCAGAUGUAUAUUUUCAUUUUACUUUCUCUUUAGUUCCUUGGAGAAGCCUGACACCUACGAUACUGUGAAGGGAAAAUCGAAGCUCGUUUUUAUAUCUCAUUUAUAAUAAAAGGACAUAAAUAGUGUUUGUUUCUUGGGGAAUUGUCUCAUUCUUUCCCUUCGCUGAAAGAAAAACUAAAAAUGAGAUUUACAGAUGUGUUAUUUCCCUGCUAGUGUACUGAGCUGUGCAUGUGUUGUCGUUUCUGCAGUCUCCGUGGACAAGAGAGCCCUGCUGUUGCUGCCUUUGUUUAAAAACCAAGACAGUUUGUUGUGCUGACAUUCCCGCCUGCGAUUUCUGCUGCUGCUGUCAUGAACGUGCAAGGCCAGUUUCCUCGCUCUUAAGCCCUGUGUGAAACGCGGACGCGGAAGCGGACGGACUUUUGAGCGCGCCUGCCCACGCCUUCCCUCUUCGUAGAGAUGUCGGAGGCCGACCAUUCAUCAGGAUUUGCAGGAAGUGUGGAGAAUGGAACUUUCCUGGAACUGUUUCCCACAUCGCUGUCCACAUCGGUGGACUCGUCCUCAGGCCACCUGUCCAACGUCUACAUCUAUGUCUCCAUAUUCCUCAGCCUCCUGGCUUUUCUGCUUCUGCUGCUGAUCAUCGCUCUCCAGAGGCUGAAGAACAUCAUCUCCUCCAGCUCCUCCUACCCGGAGUAUCCGAGUGACGCUGGGAGUUCUUUCACCAACUUAGAAGUGUGUAGUAUCUCCUCUCAGAGGUCAACGUUUUCAAACCUCUCAUCCUGAAGGAAAUGGAAGGAUAUUCCAAAUGAGAAUGGUUUCUCUGUACUGAAGGUAUUGCUUCACGAAAGAAAUGAUCAUCUGGGCAGACCUGUUUUCCUCCUUCAUUUUUUAAAUUUCUUUUCUGCUCCGGAUGUGCUUCAUUUGUGAAAAGAGGAGGAAACGCUGAUGGAAAUGCAGGUAAACUUUGAGGCAUGGGAUUCCGCACAAAAUUCUUGGCCCAUCUGGAGCCUGCUCGCCACUGUGUUGGACACCAUAGAUGCAACUGAGAGGACUGCAGGGGAUGCUGGGAAGAGACACUUCCGCUCUGACUCUCUCUUACAAGAACCUGGGACUAACUGAGCAGGCGCAAACUGGAAACCCAAGUCGAGACUAUUUAGAAGAUAUUUUCUGUAUUUAAAAGAUAAAACAGAGACAGGAGAGGGAGGGAGAGAGAAAGAGAGACCUUAUAUUUAACAUACAACAUUUCCAAAAGGAGGUUAAAAUAAGCUGAAUGUUUUUUAUUUAAUUUCACCUUAGCAAAUGUCACACAUGAUGAGCAGAAGUCCCUUGGGAAUGUUCUAGGGGCUUGGAAAGCUGCAGUGACACAAGGAAAAGUGUGUGGUGAAGCAGUUUGCACUGCUUUCUGCUCCUGGGUUUCCUCGCGGCUCGUGCAGCAGUCAGAACGCUCUCUGGUGAUGGAAUCCUUUGUGAUACCUGCUGUUGCUAUUACUAAGGGAAGCCCAGAAGAGGCACAAUUCAUUUUAAUUUCCUCGUUAUUGUUUCCGUCCAGCAGGAAUUAAAUAUAAAGACAUAUGUGUAUUCAGUUGCGUUUUAUACAGGAAUAUUCUUAGCACUUGUGUGCGCCUUCCCUGAGUUUGUCUUCAAAGCUUUACUGCAGAAGAACAUGGUGUCUGAGGGGUCAGGUGUUUUACUCACCUGACUCUGCAAACCUUAGAGACUGUACCACUAAUAGUUGUGUCAGACUCUGCGAACUCGACCUGUCUCUGAUGAUUUGUUUAUGUUGACAUAAUACUCUGGGUCUUUAAGUGUUGUGUUAAGGCUAAAAGCCGCGGACAUUGCAAUGGGAUAUCUGCAGAUACUUCAGUACUGCUGGGAGCUGCUUGACCGAGGCCAACCACGGGUGUCAUGUGAGAUGAGGCACAGUUGUGAGCACAAGAAAAGGCUGUGCAGGGAAUUGAUUAGAGCCAACAGCAGCUUGUAUGGAUAAGAAUUUAAAAUCAGUUUUUAAAAUAAAUGGUCCACAGACUGAGCACUGAGCUGAGUAACCUUUGAGUGCCAGCAUACAAGUCUUUCUUAGGCAAACUAGUUAUUCCCUGCUUGCAACAUUUAAUAAUCUCAAACACUAGAGCUCCAACACACCCUGUGGAUGGGUUGUGCAGUCAGGACUCCCUGGGGACUGGAAUGGUUGGAAGUGUUAAACAUUUUACAGGCCCUGCCUGACAUCCUAGACAUGCUGAGGGCUGAGAACUGGUGAGGAAGGAAGUGGCCGCUUCCUUCUUUUUCCUCCACAAUCAAUUUGGGACACACUUACUUAUAUAUCAAAAGUAUCUACAGACCCCAUCAGACAAGUGCUGCCCUACGAUGUGUAGUGAAAAUCUUGUGUCUGCUGUCAUGUAAAGUGUGGCACUAUAGAGUCAAAUCUUGAACCAGAGAAGUUCUGUAGUUUGGGUGGUUAUUGCCAUUCUCUGAGUAUCUGUGGGCACAAGCAUUUGUGUAAAUAUGUACAUGCAGUGUGUGCACAUGUUUCCAGGAAAAAGUUGUGGGACAGCUAUCAGGAAUUCAGAAGCAUCUGCAAGGUCACUCUGUUCUUCUGAUUAUUUUGGUUCUGAGGUUAUUUGGGUAAAGAGAUUUUAACAAAUAAAAGGACAAACAUCCCAAAUGACAGGCCAACCUGAUCAGGUCCUGCCUUGCGUGGGUAACUUCAUAAUAUUUUCUCCUGCAGUAGACUCAAAGACUUUAGACAGCAAAACUACCUAAGUCAAACUUACUUUUGUCUCUGCAGGUGCACCCCCCCCCACUAGCCAUGUGAUUCUUGCACCUUGAGAUAAAUGGAAUAAUUAGUAUAGGACUCAAAGAUGGGAAACAGGCAACACCACUAAGCACUGUACAACUUGAGGGGAAUCUGUCUUGUGGAAAGCGUUCAGUGAGACUGGAAUACAGGUAUUUGAAUAAAGAAGUGGAGUCUGUUGAAA